GGUUUUCUCUGGGUUCACAACACACUAUUGAUUUAAGCUUGUGGAAAACUGUAGGUUAACUUUUAUUGUGAUUAUUUCUGGUCUGAAAAAGCUUUUCAGUAUAACUGUUAUAGCUUCCCCAGAGCCCACUGGUGCUAUGGCAGGUGUACUGAGUGGAUCACUGUAUGCACAGGCCCCUCCGCUCCCUGGUCCUCUGCCCUCCAGAGUGUUACACCCAGAUGAGCACCUCCAUCAAAACCAACCCUUUUACGUUCCCAAUGUCCAACCUCUCUUCCCAUAUCAGUGGUCCAUGCCAACUCCAUAUGCUCCCUACGGUGGAUUUCAUGGAUCAGGUUACGGCAUGAUGCCACUACUACUUCCCCCAUAUUUGGAAGUCCCUGGAUACGUGGUUCCUCAUGCUCAACUUCCCAUUUUGGACUACAGACGAAUAACUCCCCAUGUGGCUCCAAUUAUUGCACACCAGACCCACCGACCCCAUUUCCAAAACAGUUUGCCUGUUGGUCGUGUGAUGGUCAGCUCAGAGGUGCAAACUGAACCCCUUUGUCAUAGCAUAGACUCACAUGGGUCCCAAACUUGCUCUGAAUCAGGUAGGGGUAGUGGCUGUGGCAGUCCAGUGUCAACAUCCCCCUGCUCCUCGGAUAACAAAUCAGUAGCUUGCCCCGAAGGUACAUCCACACUGACUCAAAAUUGCAAUGCCACCAAUACUAUUGACAUUACUGGUUUAUCUGCUGUUCCCAAGACUGAAGUCCUCCAAGCCGAACGGGUGCAAAUCAAAUGCAAUGAAAUGCCUUCUGAGCUUAAGAUCUUUCAGGAGCUGGUUAGUCAGAACGAAACUGACCUUUUGCAGUGCAGCUUGGCAUCUGUACAAUCUUCAGAGGAUGUCGUCUUGUGCUCUUACCAGUCAUUAGCAGUAAGGAAGGAGAAACGGAAGGUCGAAGCUGGGAUGUUAAGAUACACCAGUAAGCAUUGUCUCCCUGCUUGUACAGAAGAUACUGUGGUGAGAACUUCUCCAUCUUGUAGAACUUUUAAAACGUAUCCUAAGCCAAGCAGAUCUAUUGUUACCCAAAGCUUUAAAGCAAAGAAAAAAUCAGAGAUGCCUUUUCAUACAGAGAAGGAAGAUGGAAACUCUACCAAUGUUCCCUUUAAGAUUCUGCGGCUGCCCUUUGACUUGCAGUACCAUGACCAGCCUUGUCAACUCGAGGCUUCUAUCUGGUCGGUAGAGUCUUUGAUGCCGUAUGUGCCGUCCAGUGAGUGGAUGAUUGAGAAAGGUCUUCUAACCCCUCAGAAACCGUUGAGCCCACUGAUUGAACCCAGUCAUGGUAUCUCAAAGCCAAAAUGUGUUUCUGUAGGGAAGUAUCAACAAACUAAAGCAUCUACUAAAUACCAUGGUCUUCCACAUCAACUAGAGACUUCUAUCUGGUCGGUAGAGUCUUUGAUGCCGUAUGUGCCGUCCAGUGAGUGGAUGAUGGAGAAUGGUCUUCUAACCCCUCAGAAACCUUUGAGCCCACUGACUGAAACCAGUCAUAGUAUCUCAAAGCCAAAAUGUGUUUCUGUAGGGAAGUAUCAAACUGAUGCAUCUACUAAAUACCAUGGUCUUCCACAUCAACUAGAGACCUCUAUCUGGUCGGUAGAGUCUUUGAUGCCGUAUGUGCCGUCCAGUGAGUGGAUGAUGGAAAAUGGUCUUCUAACCCCCCAGAAACCUUUGAGCCCACUGAUUGAACCCAGUCAUAGUAUCUCAAAGCCAAAUUGUGCUCCUGUAGAGAAGAGUGAACAAACUAAAGCAUCUACUAAAUGUCAUGGUCUUCCACAUCGACUAGAGACCUCUAUCUGGUCAGUAGAGUCUUUGAUGCCGUAUGUGCCGUCCAGUGAAUGGAUGAUGGAGAAUGGUCUUCUAACCCCUCAAAAACCUUUGAGCCCACUGACUGAACCCAAUCAUAGUAUCUCAAAGCCAAACUGUGUUCCUGCAGGGAAGUAUCAAACUGAUGCAUCUACUAAAUAUCAUGGUCUUCCACAUCAACUAGAGUCCUCAAUCUGGUCAGUAGAGUCUUUGAUGCCGUAUGUGCCUUCAAAGGAGUGGAUGGUUGAGAAUGGGUUUUUAACUCCUCAGAAACCUCUGAGUUCACAGAUAAAAUUCAGUGAUGUUCUCUCCGAGAUUAAUCAGUCUUCCAGUAAUGGUAUUCCAGGAAGGGCAAGUCAACAAACCGGUGGAUCAACUAAACGUGAAGACUCCCUUAGAUCACUUAAGGCCCACUCCCCAUACUGUCCCUCAACAAGCUGGCUGGCUGACUUUGGUAAUGUAUAUUACUACAGUAAGUUACCCAUUGUACAACAACAGCCUAACAUUUCAGAGAGGCGGCUACCAAAGAUGUCCCUUGCCGUUGGUCUUGAAUCUUCUCCUCUCAGAAAUGGGAAAGACACCAGGAUCCAAAGACCAGCAAUUGGUGUCUUAGAUCAGAAGCAUGGUUCGGUUCAUAAUUGCAAGCGCAAAGCAAAAAGCAGUCCGAGGCUUGAUGGAUCUGCAGUGAUGUGUGGUUGGGUUUCUCAUUCCACAUUGGAGAAAAAGCUUCCCUUCUGCACAUCAUGUAGAUACACCAUGAAAGGAAAGGAUCAUGGAAAGCUUUCUUUUUCAGAUGGUCUUUGCUGCAAAAAAAGAGAGAUUGCUAAAAUGAUAACCUUUGAUGACAAAAGGGCUACUGAGGGAGUCCAUGAUUUCCAAAAAAUGAUUUUGGGAAGUCAUGUGGCAAAAGGCUGUGCUGCUCAUCAGCCUAAAAUCAGAGAUAAAACGGGACUGUUAGAAAAUUACCAAUGCCUUAAUGCCAGCCCUGCUCAAGAUAAAUGUGUUGACUGUGAAUCGAGAACUUGGGAAAAGAGUGGGGUAGACUGUAUUAUCAACCCAAAUGAGAGAUUGUUAAAGAGACUGGAGAAAGACAAUGCACGGAAAGGAACAAUGCAGGCACCUAAAACUGAAAGAAGGAUCCAGAAAAGAAAAGCUUACUCACAAGAGCUCACACAACAGGGAGACACAAUGCACACCCCAUGGAGAGAGUGAAGGCACACUAAUUUCACAUUAUGUUCAAAUCUUUCAACACUCAAAUACUUAUUUUUACGUUUUUAUACAGUGAUUUAAUAAAGUACUUAUGACUGUAAACAUACUA